AUGAAAGAUCUGGGACCACUCAAUUACUUCCUUGGUCCUCAGGUUUUAUCAUGCUCUGAUGGAUACUACCUAUCUCAAGCGAAGUAUGCAUCAAAUCUGUUAGCUCGUUCAGGUAUCACUAAUUUUGCCACAGCACCGACACUGUUGGAUUCCAAUGGCCAUCUAACCUCUUUUGAUGGUGUUCCCCUUAAGGAUCCAACACUAUAUAGACAACUGGUUGGCAGCCUUAUAUAUUUAACAGUAACUCGUCUAGACAUAGUUUAUGCAGAUCAUAUUGUCAGUCAGUUCAUGUCCAAUCCCUACACUAUCCACUUCACAGCUGCCCUUCAUAUUCUGCGUUAUGUGAAAGAUACGCUAGGACAUGGACUUCAAUUCUCCUCUAAAACCUCUUUGGUUAUGUCUGGAUAUUCUGACGCUGAUUGGACGGGUGAUCCUACAGAUAGACAGUCUACCACAGGUUACUGUUUUUUAUUUGAGAGAUUCUCUCAUCUCUUGGCGGAGUAA